UGUUUCUAUAUAAAGGCCUAUAAUAUAAGCACAUGCAUAGCUAUAUUCAGAUCAUCAAGAAUUCAAGAUCUUCUUGUUAUACAGCACACACAAAUUUUAAGAUCAGAGAUGGCUGGUGUACAAAAGAAUUGCACUCUAAUUGUGGUUCUCAUCCUCCUCUGCUUCAUCACAAUACAAGCUAGAGCAAGAACACUUAAAGAAAGAAGCAACAUGGGUGGCACUACUAAGGAUGCAAAUAUAGGUCAUGAUCAUCAUGGUGAUGAUAAAUUUAAACCAAAAGAAGAUGAAGGAAAUGGCAGCAGUGGCGAAGUUUUCGCAAUGGAUUACACUCCAGCUAGUAGGAAGCCCCCGAUUCAUAAUUGAACUCUUUUAUUUUACAAUUUUGUGUUAUAUUUAGGUUAGUUUACACAACUAAAAUUGUUUUAGCAUUGUAAAUUAUCUGCUAUAGACAAUAAUAAAAUAUUCCACUUUCCUAUAUCAUAAAUAAACGUCUUUAGCUAGGGGUGUUGACAGAUCAGAUUGGUUCAAAUUUGAAAUAAAAUGAGAACCGAACCAAUUAAAUUGUAAUUA